UGGCAUGCGCACGAGCACGCAUAUAACCAGGAAGACUUGCCGGGCUCACGGAGAGAACGCGAUAAACGCCAUGGGCAUAGAUUUGAUCGGUACUCUGGACCUGAUAAGAGUAACUAAACUAAACAACUUUCAGUACCUGUGAGUCUUCAAUCCCAGAGGUGUCCCAAGAGACGUCUGGUCUUCCACUUGGUAUCGCCGUGCAAAAAUCCAACUUCUUUUUGUGUCCCUUGAACUAAGCUCAUUGUAUUAGCAUGAUGAGUGACCCAGAAUGCAAAGAAACGGAUGCUCCUAGCAGCCUGUCUAAUAGAGAUGCAAUUGAACUUCCUGAUGAUCUCUCUCUGAGUGACUCUGACUCUGAUGACCCCAUUGAGCAUUUUGGCAGAAAGAUUGAGGAAUUGUCAUCAUCCUCGGAGGAUGACGAAGGAGAUGCUCAGCAAGGCCAGCAUGUUCCUCAAGAAAAUCCCACCUUCAGGCUGGCAGGUGGGAGCUCUGGGUUUUUUGAUCGAAGCAAGGACAUCUUUGCACAGUUGGACAGUGCUGCUAAGCUCACAUCUAAACAGCUAGGUGAAGACAACAUUCUUGAUGGCACGUUUGCUCGUCCUGCUCCACCGUCACCUCCACACACAACUAAAAGGAAGUGUGAUGCUGGUCCUGAAACAACCAGGAAUGAACCUUCAAGUAAAAAACUCCCAGAUUACCUCGCACACCCCGAACGCUGGACUCGCUACAGUCUUGAGGAUACUUCUGAAACCAGUGAUAAACAAAAUAGCCAGGUUGCCCUUCAGUACAUACAAGGGCUACAAGAUAGAAAGAGGUCUGAGGAUGCUGUGCCGGAGACCUUCAGGCCAGCUUUCAACCAGGAUCAUAGCAGCAGCUGUGAUAAUAAACUUGUAUUCAAUAAACCCAAGAGCAAAGAUCAAAGUAAGAACAAACCUGCCUUUGUUAGGAAGGAAGAAGUUGGACUUCAGCACUUGGAUGAUAGACAGGAGAUUGAAGAAGACGAGUCUGCUCCUCUUCAUCUUAGUUCAUGGGAGAAUGAAGAGAAAAGAAGGAAGCUGAUGACGGAGGAAAAGGAUGACACAAAGAUGACAAGCGUUGUCUUCAACAAUAGCAAGAGAGUAAGCCGCAAGCGCUUCCGCAAAACACUUGGUGAGGAUGAGCAAAGCACGGAGUGAACACUUUGGACAAUCCUUAAAUUGUUUUGAUGGUUAUGUAUUUGCAGCCUACCAUCUUGUAUAACGUGACCAUCUUUAUUGUGGUUUUGACAACUUUAAGUUAAUGAUUUAAUAAAAUAGAUCAAGCAUUUUAGUCUAUUAGUCUAUGUUAUGCUAUGUAAGUGUUUGCAGUCAUAAAAUACAAUAUACAUCCAAAUAAAGUCAAGACAAAUUACA